CACAAACCGUUGGCUUCUAUCAUCGUAUCCGGCAUGCCGAGUGACGCGAAUGCGAGCGGCUACGUGCUGGCCAUCGCUGGCAUCGUAGAUGCACUCAUCGCAGCCUACGAGGAACAGGAGCCUGUCAAUAUGACGCGCCUGAAAAACGACGUGGCCAAGCAGUUCCGCCUUCCAUCGAUGCCCAAACUCGUGGACAUCAUCUCAGCCGUACCCGAGGACUACAAGGAGAAGCUCCUGCCGUUCCUUAAGGCCAAACCCGUGCGCACAGCGUCUGGAAUUGCUGUCGUUGCCGUUAUGUGCAAGCCCCAUCGGUGUCCACACAUUGCAAUGACCGGUAACAUCUGCGUCUAUUGUCCGGGAGGUCCCGACUCGGACUUUGAGUACUCUACGCAGUCGUACACAGGUUAUGAGCCCACCAGUAUGCGCGCAAUCCGUGCUCGGUAUGACCCUGCAUUGCAGACACGACACCGCGUGGCCCAGUUAAAGAGGCUGGGCCACUCGGUGGAUAAAGUGGAGUUUAUCGUCAUGGGAGGCACCUUCUUGUCGCUGGAUGUGCGCUAUCGAGACUACUUCAUCCGAAGCCUGCACGAUGCUCUGUCUGGACACUCGUCGACGAGUGUGGACGAAGCGGUGAUGUACUCGGAGCAGAGCUCGACCAAGUGCACGGCGAUUACGAUCGAGACGAGACCAGACUAUUGUCUCAAGCCACACUUGCACGACAUGCUUCGUUACGGCUGCACGCGCAUUGAGAUCGGUGUCCAGAGUGUGUAUGAAGACGUGGCGCGCGAUACGAACCGUGGGCAUACAGUAGCGGCUGUCUCACACUGUUUCCAGUUAGCCAAGGACUGCGGCUUUAAGAUCGUUGCACACUUGAUGCCGGAUCUGCCCAACAUGGGCAUGGAGCGCGACCUUGCAGGAUUCCGCGAGUUCUUUGAGAACCCGCGUUUCCGUAGUGAUGGUAUUAAGUUAUACCCGACGCUUGUAAUUCGUGGAACGGGGCUUUAUGAGCUGUGGAAGACUGGAGCGUACAAGAACUAUUCGCCUGAAGAUCUGGUGGACCUGAUGGCCCGAUUGCUUGCCCUUGUGCCGCCGUGGACCCGCGUGUAUCGCGUCCAGCGAGAUAUCCCCAUGCCACUCGUGACGUCUGGUGUCGAGCAUGGCAAUUUGAGAGAACUGGCACUGGCGCGUAUGCGAGAUCUUGGCCUUGUGUGUAACGAUGUCCGCACACGCGAGGUUGGUAUCAAAGGUAUUCAUGACCAAAGUGUACCGGACCAAGUGGAGCUUGUACGUCGCGAUUACGGGGCCAAUGGUGGUUGGGAGACGUUCCUUUCGUACGAAGAUCCGCAGCAGAACAUUCUGAUCGGGUUGCUGCGUCUUCGUCAGGCCAGUGUGGCGUCAUUCCGCGACGAAAUUACUCCGGGAUGUUCCAUUGUACGUGAACUGCACGUGUACGGGUCGUCCGUCCCGCUUCACGCACGUGACCCGACCAAGUUCCAACAUCAGGGCUUCGGUACGUUGUUGAUGGAAGAGGCGGAGCGCAUCGCAUACGAAGAGCAUGGAUCGCACAAACUCGUGGUUAUCGCUGGUGUCGGCACUCGCAACUACUACCGCAAACUGGGUUACGAGAUUGAUGGACCUUACAUGUCCAAAUAUUUAUGAAUGCUCAGCGACUGCAGUUAGAUCGACGUUGGCGGAUACUGAUGAGUGUUGUGAGUGUAUAUUUAUUUGUACGUACCUUGUCUCUUCUGGUGGUUGAAAUACCGAAAGCAUGCAGAGACAACGCCCAAAAGACGAAGAGAAUGAUGAAAACGCAGCCAAAGUGACUCCAAAUGUCGUCGUUCCUCAUCUUGUAGACGUCCUCGGCAUAUCCCUUCACGGGUACGCGUCCUACA